UCGCACGAAAGAGGCAGUGAGCGGUUUGAUCCCGGCGUCUCCAGGCUCGCCCGAGAGUGCGGUGAGGGGGCCCGGGCAAGGGCGGAGGACGGAACUUUCGGGCCCGGGGCGGCAGGGCGACCGGAAGAUGGCAGAUUUUCCUUAGUGUAUCUAGUAUGAGUCCUACAUCUCAGCCUCUUAUCAAGCUUCAGCAGUCUCAUCUCCACUGGCUGAAGAAUAAAUGGGAUCGCACGAAUUCCCAGCUGAACUGAAAUACAGAGAGCGCUGUUAAUAUCCUUUUCUUCUGGUUGUCAUUAACAGUUCCUCAGAAAUUAAAUGUCGUCAGAAGACCGAGAAGCUCAGGAAGAUGAAUUGCUGGCCUUGGCAAGUAUUUAUGAUGGAGAUGAAUUUAGAAAAGCAGAGUCUGUCCAAGGUGGAGAAACUAGAAUCUAUUUGGAUUUGCCACAGAAUUUCAAGAUAUUUGUGAAUGGCAAUUCAAAUGAGUGUCUCCAGAAUAGUGGCUUUGAAUACACCAUUUGCUUUCUGCCUCCACUUGUGCUGAACUUUGAACUGCCACCAGAUUAUCCAUCCACCUCCCCACCUUCAUUCACACUUAGUGGCAAAUGGCUGUCACCAACUCAGCUAUCUGCUCUGUGCAAGCACUUAGACAACCUAUGGGAAGAACACCAUGGCAGUGUGGUCCUUUUUGCCUGGGUGCAGUUUCUUAAGGAAGAGACUCUAGCAUACCUGAAUAUUGUCUCUCCUUUUGAGCUCAAGAUGGGUUCUCAGAAAAAAAUACAGAGAAGGACAACUCAAGCCUCUCCCACCACAGAGCUAGAUUUUGAAGGAGCUGCUGGAUCUGAUGUAGAUGAAGAGGAGGUUGUGGACAAGAGAGCUGUGCAGGAUGUGGAAUCGUUGUCAAGUCUGAUCCAGGAAAUCUUGGACUUUGAUCAAGCUCAGCAGAUCAAAUGCUUUAAUAGUAAAUUGUUCCUGUGCAAUAUCUGUUUCUGUGAGAAGCUGGGUAGUGAAUGCAUGUACUUCAUGGAGUGCAGGCACGUGUACUGCAAAGCCUGUCUGAAAGACUACUUUGAAAUCCAGAUCAGAGAUGGCCAGGUUCAAUGCCUCAACUGCCCGGAACCAAAGUGCACUUCGGUGGCCACUCCUGGUCAGGUCAAAGAGCUAGUGGAAGCAGAGUUAUUUGCCCGUUAUGACCGCCUUCUCCUUCAGUCUACCUUGGACCUGAUGGCAGAUGUGGUGUACUGUCCCCGCCCGUGUUGCCAGCUGCCUGUGAUGCAAGAGCCUGGCUGCACCAUGGGUAUCUGCUCCAGCUGCAAUUUUGCCUUCUGUACCUUGUGCAGAUUGACUUACCACGGGGUCUCUCCAUGUAAAGUGACUGCAGAGAAAUUAGUGGAUUUACGAAAUGAGUACCUGCAAGCAGAUGAGGCCAGUAAAAGAUUUUUGGAACAGAGGUAUGGUAAGAGGGUGAUUCAGAAGGCACUGGAAGAGAUGGAAAGUAAGGAGUGGCUGGAAAAGAACUCAAAGAGCUGCCCGUGCUGUGGGACUCCCAUAGAGAAAUUAGAUGGAUGUAACAAGAUGACAUGUACUGGCUGUAUGCAAUAUUUCUGCUGGAUUUGCAUGGGUUCCCUCUCUAGAGCAAACCCUUACAAACAUUUCAAUGAUCCUGCUUCUCCCUGUUUUAACCGGUUGUUCCCUGCUAUGGAUGUUAAUGGAGAUAUUUGGGAAGAUGAGAUUGAAGACUAGUUUCCUCGUUCUACUCAAGAUACGGAAACAGAAUAGUUUGCCCUAGUCUUUCAUCCAGUGCACAAAGCAACCUUGCAGGAUAUAUAGGGUGCCAUUCAUUCACUCUUUCAGUGUAGAAGAUAUGGAAGAACAGGUUUAUAUUUUCAUGUAGUACUACUGAUUAAGACACAUUCAUACAUUUUUUCACUGUAACAUAAAAUAAGAAAAAUUAUAACCAAAGUUUCAGAAAAUGAAAACUACAGAAUAUUAAAUAUUAUAAUGUGCCCAAAGCUCUGAAUAGUUAAAAAUUGAAUAUUUAUUUUCCUUCCCAAGCUGUAGGUAAGGAGGGGUUAAAGAGUUAAAAUUAUAGAUCUUUUUGUCUCUGAGAAACAUCCCUUUAAGACAUUCUGUUGGUGCCCCCUCAGUACUACUUCUUACCACUGGGGAGGGUAGAAACCUUAUUAAAAAUGGACUGGGACCUGAUCUCCUUUAGUCUAUGUUACUCACAUUUCUUCCAACUUAAAUUUCUGCAAAGUUAAUUCUCUCUUUGGGGGAAGCCCUUUACUCUAUAACUGACUGCAUGCCCCGGUGUCAUUUUGAUCUACUGCUUUUCAGAAUAGAACAUUAUAAUAAUUUUAAAAGUAUUUUUUAAUACCACACACACUGUGGGUACUUGAUAUUUAUUAGUGGGGUAUACAGUCCACUGGUUUAGAGCCAAAUCUAGGAUUUAAUGAUACUGGCUCAGAAGAAUUUCAGCCCUGUUCAACUUUCCCGGUCAGUAGAGCCUGGAUUCAAAACGACUUGCCUUUGCUACCUUUUGUUCCAUCUUCUCUCCCUUUACCCUCACCCUACUUUCUGUUGGGAAGGACAAUUUUAGUAUUAAUUGCUUUUAUUAUCCAGCAGUACUUGCUUUUAUUUCCUCUCUGAAACAGGAGAAAGUCUAAUAUAUUCCCCAGCUGAACGAACUAAACAUUCUUUAAUUAUCUGCCUUUCGAACAUGUUCACACCACUGUACUUCCAGUGCUUUCUGAAUUCUUUUUUGAAGGUUUUCUCUAAAUAGCUAUGAGAAUUUGGCUUCUUACCUUCUUUUGCAACAGCAGUGUUUUGGGUGAGCAUUUUGGCUUGAUACCUAGAUUCCUAUUUCUGGGUUUUGUUGGAUUUUUGAAAAAUUGUGUUUGCUUAUGGCUUGGUGAGUGGCUUGGUAGCAGAAUAAGGUUUUUUGAAAAAGAGACAGCAGAAUUCCACUGCAACUUGUGUACAUGUUCUUUUUUGCUACCUUGUCAUAGAAAGUUGAGGAAUCAGUUUUCACUGUUUUAGAUGUGUGUGUCCAAAGAGGCAGCAAGGACUGUGUUCUGGAUUGUCACUAAGGAUGCUUAAUCUUAAAAAUAAAAACAAUUUAAGAAAUCACCUUAAAAUUAUAACAGCGUUGCUGCUAUUCUGUCUCCAAGGCAACUGGUCACAAUUCAAAAGUCUGUUUGGCAUAUAACAUAUUCUUAUGUGAGAAGAAAGUCAUGGAACAGCACCUUCUCUUAACCUGGGCUAGUGAGCGAGCUUAGGGGUUAGGGCCCAGAUUUUGUUUAAACCAAGUAGUUUCAGGGACUUCCAUUCUGCACGUUUUAUUUAACAGCCAAUGUUAAAUUGAUAAUAAGUUGAAGAUAAGAAAUGGAAAUUUAAAAAAUUAGUUAUAGGGUAUAUACCUGAGAAGAGUGACUUCUGUGAUCAAAUAGGAGUUUAAUUCAGAUUUUUUGAGUAGUAGCCACUCAGAAGCUCUAAUUUGGUUCAUGAGCUAGUUGACGUUUGCAAGAGAUCAUUGUAUUUUAAAUUGUACAUUAUGUUGAUGAUGUGGAAGUAGGAAAGAAGCCUUUAAAAUAUAGUUUUAUGAAAGAAAUGGGAGGGUUUUUUUCCAAUUAUAAUUUUAAAAGCACAGCACAGGUGUUUAGUCUUAAAGAAUUGUUUGUUCACCUGAGUAUUUCUUUCUUCCUAAACUACAAACUCUUCUUACCUCAAUUUUAAUGGAGACUGUAGAGCUGUAAAGUCUUAUUUUUGAGGCAUGAGUUUUGGGCCAGAUAUAAGAUGGUGUAGUUUUGGUUGAGUAUUUUUGUCUCUGAGUGAGAUGAAAAAUUUGGGUAAUUCUCCAAAUGCCCUGUGACACAACUGAGUUUGUGGGAAGUGGUUGUUUCAAGAAAGUGUAUGAUAGAAUAAAGUGUUUUGUACCUGACUUAAUUUCAUGAAGGCCCUUUUUCCAAGUGACUGAGAUUUGCUGUAAAUUGAUAUGAACCUCAGUGUUCCUUUUGGUUGGAAUUUGGAGAGGUCAUGUCUCUUGAUUUUAUAUAAAAGGUUUGGAUCUAGAACUGAUAAAUGACAAUAAACUAUAAUAACUUAUUUUUUUUAAGUCAAAAUAGAGGCUCUGUGACUUUUUAAGUAUAUGAUUGAAGUAACUUAAGACCCUGCCUUUGUCAAUUGAGAUACAUCUUGUUGCAUCCUUUUUUUCAAAGAAACGAUUUAUUUUAGAAUAUUUUUAGCUUUACAGAAGAACUGCAAAGAUAGUACAGAGAGUUUUCAUAUAGCCCAUACCUAAUUUUUGCUAUUAUUAACAUCGUACAUUAGUAUGGUACAUUUGUAACAUCAGUAAACCGAUACCGAUAGAUAAUUUUUAACUAGAGUCCAUACUUUAUUCAGAUUUCCUGAGUUUUUUUCCUAAUGUCCUUUUUCUGUUCCAGGGUCCCAUCCGUUUAAUGAGAUACCACAGUAUUGCAUUUAGGAAUCAUGUUUCCUUAGACUGCUCUUGGCUGUCACGGUUGUCCCAUCCAUUUUUAUUACUAGUGUUCUAUAAACAUCCACUGGAUCUUGAAGCACCUGGAUUGUUCGGGAGCAGAAAAAUUUUUCUUGAAGACUGAUUACCUAAUCCUAGCAGACUCAGUAAAUUAAAGAAAUUGUUUUUGAUUGAGGUCUUUUUGUAGCUUUAAAUCAGGUACUUCUCAGGACACUCCACUGGCUGCGUAUGUAAUUUUUGGCUGCUUACCUGUUAUGGUUAUUUUCUUGCUCAGCUUCAUGAAAACGCUGGACAAGUUUGCUCAUACUCUUCUGUGGGUCAGCUUGACCCAUGAGACUGCACUGAUGUGAGACGAUUAGCCUGCUAUCUAAGCAAAGUACUGAAGUGUGUCACAUGCACACAUCUCUUUCAGUUGGUUAACUGAAAAAAGACUCAGAAGCCAUGUUCUCAGAACGAUAGCACUGUUAGCCAGAUCAUUUUUUAGUAGUAGAGGGUUAUAGUGUACAUUAGAAAUCCCUUAAUAUACUUCCUAUUUAUUUUUCUGUCCAGAGUAAUGAGAGUUAAUCAGAUAAGGUAAUCACCAAGCGAUUUAUAUGGCUGUCUCCUUUGAAAGGGAAUUUCAAAAUGUUGACUGGUAUUUGAAUCUCCCACCAUUAACUUUGUCAUAAGCAUCACCAGAAGGUGGCAGCAGUUCCCUGUUAUAAAAAUACAGUAAGUGGUUAAGAAAGGAAUAGUAUUUUGUUUUAUACCAUGGUAGACAGAAUGGCAUCUAAUGAAACCUGCAAUGCUGUUAUGAAAAUUUAAGGCUACUUAAACCAUAGUUGACAUCGUAUGCAAUUGUUACACUCUUAGCAAAGUGUCACUCCUAAUAGUAGCAUUUACUGUCAGCCUCUGAAGUAAGGAAAUUAAAUUAUAUAUGAAGCUUCUAAGUAGGACCAAGGAAUUGGAACACUUUGGUGCCCUCUGAUACUAGUAAGAGUAGUCAAAUAGUCUGCUCCCUAAACUUUGACUUAAUAAAAAAAAUCAGCCAACAAGUCAGGCUGAAGGUCUGUUGUCAGAAGCUGGCUACAGGACCUUUAGGGGAUGUUCUUAACAAAUCUUUAUGAUAAUUAUCAACUUUCAGCACCCAUGCUUUAGAUUUUUUACAGUUACUCAUGUCAGCUGAAGAUUUACACUACAAGUAUUCACAUACUUCUCUGAGCCAGAGGAUGCUUUGGAGGAAAUUGUACGAUUGAAAACUUAGUGAGAUUCUGAUGCCAAAGUUUCUAAGUACAAAGUCUUCACAUUUACUUAUUUUUAUUUAUUUAUUUUUUAAAAAGAUGACCGGUAAGGGAAUCUUAACCCUUGACUUGGUGUUGUCAGCACCACGCUCUCCCAAGUGAGCUAACCGGCCAUCCCUAUAUAGGGAUCUGAACCUGUGGCCAUGGUGUUACUAGAACCACACUCUCCCAAGUGAGCCACGGGCCGGCCCUUGCACAUUUACUUCUUUUCCUUGCUUGGAUGUCUUUUUUUCUCUUCAUUAUAAGAACAAACAAACCAAAAAAGAAAAACAACUACAGCUGGCUGUUUAAGUCAGUUGGUUAGAGCUUGGUGUUGAUAACACUAAGAUCAUGGAUUUGUAUCCCUGCUCUGGCCAGCCACCAAAAAGAAAAACAAUCUCAACUUCACUAACACAACGUAAAUUCAUAUACAUUUAAAAAGUGAUUGUGUGUCUUAUGACAUUCCACAUCUUGUAACCUAUUGUAUUUCCUAGAAUAAUUCACUCAUUUAACAAAUAUUUGUUGAGCACCUCACAACGGGCCUCACUAUUUUUCUAGGUGCUGAGAAUGCAGCAGUGAAUAAAACACAUAACCUCCCUGCCCUUGUGGAACUUAAAGUCUGGUGCGGGGAGAGAGACAAUAAGGAAAUUACAUGGUUCAUCAGAAGACUAGUGCCAUGGAGAGAAGUAGGGGAAGGAAUAGGGAGUUAAGGGAGGCAGGGCAAUGUUGGAAAUUUAAAUGGUGGGGAAGAUUGUGUCAAGAUACCACUUGAACAAAGGCUCAGCAGUACAAGAGGGAACCUCAUAGAUUGGUGGGAGGUGAGAAUCCCAGGCAGAGGGACAGCAAGGGAAAAGGCCCUUUUGGACAGGUGCACGUUGCAGGGCUCCAGAAACAGCAUGGUUGCCAGUAAGGGCUGAAGCAGACCGAGGAAGGCAGAGUAGUAAGAGCUGGGAUGCUGGUGGGCGGUGCUGCGUACCAUGUGGGCUUUGUGUGAACUUUGGCUUCUACUCUGAGAUGGAGAGCCAUUGGAGGCCUUUGAGCAGGAGUGACAAGGUCUGGCUUAUAUUUUAAUGGUAGGGUGAGCAAGGUGGGAACAGACUAGUCAGGAGGCCAUUUGCAGUACCUCAGGUGAGAAGUGCAGUGGCUUGUACCAGUGUGCCAGCAGUUGGACUCUUGAGAACAGGUUACAUCCUGUCCUUACUUUGAAGGUAAAACUAGUUUACUGAUGUACUGGAUGUACAGUGUGAGAAAGUGAGGCAUCAGGGUUGACUUCUAGGUAGGUUUGAGCAGUUGACAUGGAGAAACCUGCAGGUUUGAGGGUGAAGAUCAGGAAUUCAGUUAUGAAUAGAUACGUUUGAGAUGCCCGAUAGUUAUCCCAGUGGAGAUGUUAGAUAGGCCCUUGGGUAUUCUAGUCUGGAGUUCAAGGGAAUGACCCAGGCAAGAGAUGUAAAUAUGGGAGUCAAUGUACAGAUGAUGUUUAAAGCCAUGAGUGGAUGUGGUUACCAAGAGAAUGAGUUGUAUGUAGAGAAAGGUCCAAGGACUAACUCUCGGGUCACUCCGGAUGCUGAGAGGCCAAGCAGAUGAGGAGAACCAGCAAAGGAGAUGGAGUGUACGGUAACGUAAGAAAACCAGCAGAGCGUGAUGUCCUGGAAGCCAAGUCAAGUUUGAAGGACGGAGUAAUCAACUGUCAGAUGCUGCCAAUAGGUCAAGUAGUACGAGCUGUAACACUCGACUGAAGCGGUCGGUAUCGAGGUCACUGGGACUGAAGUGGUCAAUAUCGAGGUAACUGGGGAAUUGGGAAGUGCUGUUUCAGGCCCAGGGAGGUAAAAGUCUGGAGUGUGUUUGAGAAAGAAUGGGGUGUCCUCAUAACAAUAAAGUUGAACAAAGUGAAAUCAGCAACUUUCCUCGGAUACGUUAGAGAAUUGAGGUCACAGGGUAAACCUCCACCAUAAAAACUAUAGAGACAGGAAAAUACAGAUCAACCUAAACAAGCUGGUGGAGGCAGUAAUUGGGAUGUAAAUGAAUUGCUGGCAAAUCAGUGUGCACUACCUUGACAGUUAUAAACUGGCAGCUGGUCUAAGUACUCUUUCCCCCCACCCUCCUACUUUUGUGGGUUUUAUAUAAAGGAGACCAUCUACCUUCUCACUGUGAAGAUGAUCGAAAAAUCCCUUGUACUUUGGGCAGCAGGAGGGGAAAAGGAACCAUUUUGAAAUACAUCCAGGGUGAAAGUAGCCCCAGAGCUUUCUGCUCUGCAUGGCAGAGGCCUGCCCUUAGGGAAACUACUUUGCUGGAGCUUUCUCUGACCUAGGAUAAGGGCAAUUGAAUGGCUCAAGACCCUCUAGCCUUCCUGUCUCACGUAAGAGAAGAAAAAACAAAGGCUAAGAAAGUUUUCUGAGGGUCCCAGCCCAGGGACUCUAGGCCACUUAACAAUAACAACAAAAGACAACAGAGAUUUAAUCAUAAGAUUGUAGAAUGCUGCUUCUCCCCAAUGAUAUAUCAUCAGUUGGGCCCCAGGAUAGUAACAGUGGAUUACAACCGAGAGAGCUUCGAGACAGAUUCUAUUGUAAGGAAGCCUUUCUAGGAAAACCCAAAGUAAGAGAAGAGACAAAAACAAAGUCACUGAGGGAAACUGAAGCCUCUGACACCUACAGCUGCAGCCAACAUCGAACACAGCCUUACCGUUAGCCAGAUAAACAGAGGACUUCACACUAAAGUGCUAUUCACCUGGGUUCCGAUUACCCAAUACGUCAUGUCUGGCUUUCAUUAAGAAGGUGCAAGGCAUGCUAACUGGGAAGAAAGUGAAGCGACAAUGCGAGCAUCAGAACCAGACUCAGAUGUGGUGGAGAUUUUGGAGUGCUCAGACUGAAAGUUUAAAAUUACUGGGAUUAAUGUGCUGAGGUCUGCAAUGGAAAAAGUGAACAACAUGCAGGAAUAGUCAGGUAAUGUAAGCAAGAGAUGCAAACUCCAGGAAUCCAAAGUAAAGGCUAGAAAGAAAAUAUUGUAAUGGGAAUGAAUGCUUUUGACGGGCUCAUCAGUAGACUGAACAGAGCCGGGAAAGAAUCAGAGAGCUUGACGUAUGUCAAUAGAAGCUUCCCAAAGUGAAAUUUAAAGACUCGAAAAAGGAAUGCAAGAAACCCCAAAACAUAUUAUCCAAGAACUCUGGGACGAUUAUAAGAGGUGUAACUGUGGAACAGAAAUAUAGUAAUCCCCCUUAUCCACGGUUCCACUUUCCACCAGUUUGUUACCUAGGGUUGACCAUGGUCCCAAAUAGGUAAAUACAGUAAAAUAAGAUAUCUUGAAAGAGAGAGAGACCAAAUUCACAGAACUUUUAUUACAGCAUAUUAAAAUCCUUCUCGUUUACUAUUAGUUAAUUUCUUACUGUGCCUAAUUUAUAAAUUAAGCUUUAUCAUAGGUAUGUUUGUAUAGGGGAAAACAUAUUGUGUACAGGGUUAGGUACUAUCCUUGAUUUCAGACACCCACUGUGUGUCUUAGACUUUAUCCAUGUGAAUAGGGGCCUACUGCAGCAGAAUAAAGAGUGGAAAGGGAGAGAUUAGAGUCAGAGUACAGGUAACUCCAGAAAUUUCCCUAUGAAGGGAUCAGAAGAAUGAGGCUCUAACUGGGCAAAUGGGCAAAUACAAGUUUUGUUUUUAAGUCUUGUUUUGCAUGCUGAUGGGAGUGGUCCAGAAGAGGAGGACAAAUUGAGACUACAGGUGAGAGAGGGGAGCCUUGCCGAAGCGAUGUUCUCAUGGAGGCGAGAGAGGAUGGGAUCUAGCACACAAGGAGAGGGCUUGGCCAAGAGCAGGUAACAGGACGAGGGCAGAGUGUGAGAGCAGGGCUGGCACGUGCAUGUGUGUGAUGGCGGGACAUUAUGGACUUUCCUCUGCUUGCUUCUAUUUUCAAGGUUACCAAGUGAGAGAAGAGCUGGGGUUGAGAGGUUAGAGGCUUGAGACAGGAGUUCGUCUUCAAGGAGAUGAAAUGGACUAGAUGUGAUUAUUAAUAUAGGAUGAUUGCCAGCUGCUGUUGAGGGCUCCCUUGAGGUCCCAAUCACCAUGUUCUGUUUUGCUUGCCCGUUAUUAAACUGUCACAGUAUGUCCUAUUGGAAACUUAUGCAUGCUUCACUAGCAUCUCAUCCUAGUAAGGAUUUUGGUUCCCAGGUCUGCAAAAUCAAAUUUGCAAAUUUGGACCUCUUCAGUCUUACAGUUCAACAAAUGACAGUACCUACUAGGUAUCAAGCACUAUUUGCGGGCCAGAUAGAGCAGCAUUUCACAGUCUGUCUCCUUGGAGCUUACAUUUAGUGGGAAACAAAGUGUGUCAGGUGGUAAAUGGUUCUGAGAAAACAGAGCUGGGCAAGAAGGAUAGGGAAUCAGGAAUCACUCCUUUAUACUGGAGCAUCAGGGAAGAUGCCUCUGACACAUGCUGUUUGAGCAGAGUCCUGAAGGAAGGACACAAAGAAUUGUGGGCCAGGCCCUGUGUCCUUUGCUUUAUAAACGGACAUACUUAAAGGAAGGAAAGUGACAUUUAUGUCAGCACACUGCCACUUUUCACUAAAUGUAAUAAAUCUUUAAACACAUUCUAUCCAGUCUUCCUGAAAUACAACUCUGUGUACAGAUAAUAUUACCCUUUCCCUUUUUGAGUACCAGACUUGCUGUUUUACAAAUUCAACUUGCUCCGAUCUGUUGUAUUUAUGAUUUCUUUUUUUGAUCAAAUUGUCAUAACCUGGCCAGUGGGAAGCCCAUUUAACUCACUUCCUCAGACAGUUUUGAAAAUACUCUUCUUUUGUGGCAAUAAGAUAUUCCUGGCCCACUGCGAUCCCUGCCACAAAAAUAUAAAUAGCUCUUCUCCAAAGAGCCCUGAGUAGUAUUAGAGGCCCAAGCUGGCCCAGAGAUGUUCCUCUCACUUGAUCCACAUAACCACUGGUUGUAGUAGGAUGACAAUGUAGGAAAGACAGAGCAGAUGUUUUCUAGGUCCCAGGUUCAUACAUAUGUCUCCAGCUUAACUGUCAUCAGUAAAUCUCUUUCAGUUCAUUCUAAUAUAGUUAAUUUUUUCCUGUAACAUACCUACUUAAAAUGUAAACCCUUCUUGACUAGAUGAACAGAAUGACAUGCUGUCACAACACAGUACUAUUUAGCGAUAAGGAAAGACUACUGCUACGUGUUAUAUGGAUGAACCUCAAAAACGUUGUUGCUUAGUGAAAGAAGCCAGACACAAAAGAUAUCGUGUCAUAUGAGUCCAUUUAUAUGAAAUGUUCAGAAAAAUUACAUCUGUAGACACAAAGCAGAUCGGUGGUCACCUGGGGCUGGGAUAGGAGCAGGGAGCUUUCUGGAAUGUUAGAAAUGCACUGUGAUGAGGAAUUGCACACUCCUUAAACUUAAUAAACACCAUUGGACUUAGGUUUACAGUACAGAAGAAUUUUAAGAGAACACAAAUUGUAUCUCAAAAUUGCUAAAAAAAGUUUUCAACACU